GUUCAAUAACAUGAUUAAAUAGUAUGUUGACCGGUGAAGUAUUUGCGUUAAACCUUUUCGUCAUCCCUUUUAUUAAGGGUGCGGAUAGAAUAACAACACCCUUUGUGUUCUUAUAAUAACAACAUGAUUCAUUAAGGGGAAAAAAUGUAAACUAACAAUAAAUAACAAAUUAAAUUUACAUUAAUUAUCUGAAACCCUUCUUCUCCUCCGUUCCUUCCCACUCGCAUCUGACUUUCUUCCAUCCCUCACCAUUGUGACUUCAUCGACGCUGCUGCCGAUCCGAAAGUUCGAGCAAGCAAUCCUCCUCCGCCAUCCCUCAAUCCACUCCAUCCAAGUCAUUUAUCCUCCUUCCGGCGUCAACGACGACGACAAUCCAUCGAUUUCAAAGGCGCUAUCAUCAUCAGAUCUGCUGAGGUUUCGGAAUCGACGAUGAUUGUGCCGGCGAGGGGAAUAGAGACUCGAUCGACGAAAAUGGGUGGAACAGAGUGUUUGGUGAUGAGGCUGUUACGGUACGGAAACUGGCGGGGAGAUCUUCGGCUGCUGCUGCAGAUCCAAGCCGACGGCGGAAGGAGCUUGCAAGGUGCAGAGCGAGAGGCUCUGACUUCACGGACUAGGCCGCUGAGCGGAAUCCGACAGGGAUCGUAGAAUAGGCCGUUGAACUUGAUCCAAAGUAUGAAAUUGACGGUGAACUUGAUGUAGAGCAGGCAGUAGCCGAGGAUACAGGGGGAAUGUAGUCGGGCGUCGAAUACGUGACCGGCAUCGGGAAAUCGCGGUGGAAGGUUGUAAAGGUGAUGUCGAUGACUGACAUGCGGAGAUUCCGGGCAAGAGUACGGCCGUGGCGGACGAUGAGGGGAGCGUUGCCGACGGAGGCGAGCGGCGAUGAAAUGGGGUGUGAUUUUCCAUUGCUAACCACGUUUUCAUCAGCUCACCCAUCUUGAAUUUGUUGCUGCUGCUCCUUCUGCUUCCCUUUGCUUACCCAAACUAAUCACCCACAUCCAUCGAUCUAAAACGAGGAAAUGGGGUGUGAUUUCCAUUCUCCAAUUCUCCAAUUCAAUCAAGAUAUCCUCUUGGAGUGAUUUCAUUGAUUUUUUUACAACAAUGAUCGGUCCUAUUUGUUUCAUUUUGUUUUCUAAUUAAUAUUUAAGUACACCAAAAACUUCCUAAUAUAAACCACAAACAUGGUAAAGCAAACCAAAAAUGCAUAUCAGAAACCUUCAAAUGCAAAGCACAAGUCUCGUAAAACAUACCAGAAAUGUAAGAAAACAAACCACAAAUAUUUCUAAAUCACGCCAGAAACCUCCUAAUAGAAACCACACACACGAUAAAACAAACCAGAAAGCCUGCAAAGCAAACCACAAAAGUUUCGAAAGCACACCAUAAACUUCUUAAUGCAAACCAAAAACCUCCUAAUGCAUACCGCAAAUCUCCUAAAACAAACCAAAAACCUCACAAAGCAAACCACAACAUUUGCGAAAGCACACCAGAAACCUCAUAAUACAAACAACAAACACGGUAAAGCAAACCACAAAAACAAACCAGAAACGUCCUGAUGCAAACCACAAACGCCGUAAAGCAAACCAGAAACCCCACAAAGCAAACCACAAAAUUUUUUAAUGCACACCAGAAACUUCAUAAUGCAAACCAGUAACACGAUAAAGUAAACCAAAAAUAGCAUAAAAAAGCACGAGAAACCAAACCAUCAAUCUCACAAUGCAAACCAUUAUAUCCGGUGGUCGUUGACAGUUGACAGGUCAACGAAAAUCGUUGACCAAACUCCGAUGACCGUCAGUGAGUAGAUUUAGGCGUCGAUAGGCAUAUUCCGGCCACGAUGACUAGAUUUCCACGCCGGUAAGCAUAUUUCGACGCAAGUAAGCAUAUUUCGAUGUCGAAAUAGCAUAUUCCUGCGACAAAAAGCGUAUUUCGGUGACCGGCGACCAGAUUCUGAUGACCGAUGGUCGAAUUCCGGCGACCAAAGUUUUGAACAGAAAAUAAAAAAUAUUUUAUUAUUAUUUAAACAUAAUUUUCAUAAUGACAAUUAUACCCCUGCUUUGAUUUUACACUAGGUCAACUAAGCUAAUAAAAAGUCAUCACAACUCUAGCUUCCUAUUGGUUGGAGACUAGUGUUGUUACAAUAACAAAUAUGGUGUUGUCACCAUAUCCGCUCCCUUUUAUUAGUAGGAGUAGGGGUGGGAGAUGGAAAACAGGUAUCUGGGUAUACCCAUACCCGUCCUUUUUUUAGGGUUAUGGAUACCUAAAUACCCGUAAUUUUUUUAUGGGAUGAGACUUGAGAUCAAAAAGUUCUACAAUUGGUACCCACGGGUUACCCGUUUGGGUAUUACGAGUACCUGUACUACUCGUCCAAGUCCUAAAGUUGUUGUUAUCAAAACUUGUCACCCUGUAGGAAAGUGUAUGCUUGAUUGGUAUUACAUUAAGCUCUAAAAUCUAGAGCCGAAUCAUGAAAUAUUUAUGCACUUUCUGUCUUUCUCUUAUAGAUGUCAAUAACUUUGGUGAAUGCGAAAAGUAAAUGAGACACGAUGUU